GCUGCUCGCCUUCUUGGGCCGCGGCGGGCCCGCUGCCGCCCUCCCCCGGCGCCGUGGCGGGCGGGAGGAUGGAGCAGGGGCUGUCCGCCAUCACCCUCUACUGCACCCCCGCCGCCGGCCCUGCGGCUGCUGCCUGCGCCAUGGAGCCUGAGCAGCAAAUUACAAAUGGAGAUAGAGGCUUUGAAAAUGUGGAGCUGGGUGUCAUAGGAAAGAAGAAAAAAAUUCCAAGGAGGGUUAUUCAUUUUGCAAGUGGAGAAACAAUGGAAGAAUAUAGCACAGAUGAAGAGGAAGAUGAACAAGAGAAAAAAGACCUGUUGCCACCUGUAGAUCCUACAACACUCACAUGGGGACCGUACUUGUGGUUUCACAUGCUGCGAGUUGCCACAUCAACCUUAUCAGUGUGUGAUUUCCUUGGGGAAAAGAUUGCAUCUGUUUUGGGGAUAAGCACACCAAAAUACCAAUAUGCCAUUGAUGAGUAUUACCGAAUGAAGAGAGAGGAGGAAGAGGAGGAACAGGAAAACAAGCUGUCAGAAGAAGCAGAAAGACGGCACCAGGAACAGCAGAACAAGCCACAAGCUGAAGCUCCUGUCCAGACAGACCAGCCUGAAGCAACGGCAUGCACUUCAUUCGUGAAUGUAAACUUUGAACAUGAGGGAGAUUGCCAGUCCAUUGGGGAAGAUAAACAGGAUGUGGUUCCUGUCCCUCCGUAACUGUAAAGUCCUGUAUGAUGUAGGAAGUAGGAAGUGUCAGGUGUCACACUCUGACUAUAAGAAGCAGGAAAAAUAGGAAUGUACUAGUUCAGUGAAAUACAACUUCUAGCAUUCUUAUUGAUCAGGAGAGAGCUUAGCGAUGUCUGUUCAGUCUGUUUGCCUAAGGAAGGCUGAGGCAUCCUGCUGAACUGGCACUUCACAUAAAAUGAAAAUUGCACUAGAAACAUUUGGUCUACAAUUGAAUGUGUAAGCUAAUUUCUGUGUAAAGCAAGUAAAAAUGUCUUUCCUUUGAAUUGCUGUGUCUCUUACACCUGUGGACUGUAAAUGCAGGCUGUUUCCUACUUCUAAACACCUGCUUCUGAUUUGCACAUUGUUUGCAACUCAGCUCUCUAUGAACAGAUUAAUAGGAAUCAAUAUUCUGUAACUCACAAGUCAUUAUAAUAGUGUCUGUUUUCCCCUAUUUAUUGUCACUGUUAUAUGCAUGUUGUUUGGUUUCUUUUUCCUGUUGUUUCACACAAGAGACAAUGUUACAUUUAAUGUUAAUUAGAUUUAAGGUCCACUGAAUUUUAAUUUUUAUUCUAAAAAACAACUUUAAAUGAGGGUGUAAUUAUCUUUAAGGACUUACUAACAAGUACCAGCAUUCUUGGAGGCCCAUAGUGUUCAGCUGUUCCACACAGUGCUCUAGCAAAGUACAGAACUAACAUCUGUGUAGGAUGUUUUCACUCAAAGUCCAAGAAUUAAGAGAUCCACCUGCUUUAAUACCUCCCAUGCUCUGAAUGAUCCAGAGAAGUAAACUAACAUCUUGCUAAAUGAUACUGAAUCCCCUGGACACUGUAUAUGGAACCGAUCAAGAACUUUUCAGACAUAGAUUACCAGAGUCAUUGUACUUAAUUAACCUGGACUAUUUGUUUAAUGUUGAAUUACCAGUAAGGGACAUGCCAUUGCAGAUGUUCCACUCCCCAGAAUACAUAAAUAACUAGAAAUCCCAAAACCAAACUUACGAUUCCUCCUUUUUCAUAAAUAAACAAAACACUUGUUGCAAUACUGCAACAAUAGAGAUUGUUAGCUAAGUGAAACACAGAUGGCUCCAGAGCUUUUAAGUAGCCCAGAUGCCAAUGAAGUCUCUUUUACUCCAGUCACCCUCAUUCUACAUGCAGCCUGUGAAAGGAAAAUGGUUAACUUUGCGACAAUCAGAUGUCAGUGCCCCAGUCACUUUUAUUCUAUAGCCAUUUCAAGGGGCAGAAAACCUGCACCGGUUACCAUGUGAAACAGUACUUCUAAAAGAAAAAACCAGUCUCCACUGACAGUGUUGGGUAUUGCUGUAUGUCCCUGGUUCCACUAACUGAGACACCUGAUGUAACAUCAGAGGCCAUGUAACUUGGCUGUUAGUUUCCAGGGUUUGGUUAUGUAUUUCGGACAACCUCUCCUGCAACUAGUGUCCUCUGAAGCACAAAUCCCGUCUCCUCUCAUCUGCCCAUAGCAUUCCAACACUACCAGAAAAUCUUCUGAAGAGUAUUCAGUCAUCAGCUCCAUGACAUCUGUUUUGAUACACUCUUCUUUGCAUCCUCCUUUAAUUGUAAGACCGAGGGUGCUGACAGCUGUAUGAAAUAAUUCCUUAACCUGAACAGCUGCAGGGGAGAGCUUAGUUCCACACCUGGGGAAUACACAGAACAACGACGUGUUAGGAGUUCUUACACCAUUACAGGCAGAAAGCCUCAUACAGCUCAAGAAUAAAGCUGAAGGAUGCUUUGCUUUUCUGCCAAGAAAUUUGUAUCAGUAGCAUUGGCUGUCCUCCCCCACCACACACUCUUUUGUCUCAGAAAUGCUGUCACUGCCUUGGGUUUAAACUGUAUAAAAUACUGUAUUACUCACUGUGCCUUAAUCCUUCCUUUUUUUUUGCAAACUGUAUGAAAGUGUUUACUUUCAUAAUGUUUUAAUUUUCCUGUAAAUGCAUUAAUUGGUUAUUUUAUAUUUAAUAUAAUUUUUGAACUGGAA